AUGGUCCCAUGUUGCGUGUAUGCUGACGGACCCAGGAACGGUAGUAAGCUUGUUUCGGUGCCGCUGAAUAAUAAAGGAGUGGAGGACUUGGAGGCUGGCAAGUGUGCUGGUGUUAUUGAGAUGGGCUCACGCGACAUAGAACAUCGCUCGGCGAGUACAAGCCCAGCAACACAAACAUUGUCGAAUGUCAACGACAAUGCUCAGGCGUGUCGAGAUCCCCAGCACUAUUCGCUGGCUGACGGCGGCAGUUCUAGCGGUAAUGCGGCGCCUAAACGGCGGUAUUGUAAGCGAUGUAACAUCCCCAAACCUCCACGAGCCCAUCACUGCAGCACGUGCAAAAGGUGCGUGCUGAAGAUGGACCAUCAUUGUCCCUGGGUUAACAACUGUGUCGGAAAAUGCAAUCAAAAACACUUCAUGCUGUUUCUACUGUUGACUUUCUUCUUCGCGUUGGUCUUCGGCCUUUUCACCGUCAUCAUGCUUUGCGACCAAGCUUCGGCGAUAAUUCACAAUCAAACUGGAAUCGAGCAGUUGCAGAAUAUAAGCGGCCCCACUCAAAGUUGGCGAGAGAACAUAAAGGAAGUUUUCAAGGAGGGGACGGCGACUACUCGGCUUCCGACCUUCCUAGCGAUGCUAUUACCUCUACCGACCAAUCGGAGUCGUGCUCCAUCCAAGGGCCUCGAGUGA